AUGGCUGGCAGCAAACCCAUACCAACCGGCAAUGACAGCAACCGAUCCAACCCACCGUCCCAUGCUCAUGCCCAUGAUUUUGCGUCAUCCUUGGCAGCCUCUUUUCAGGCUGGCUCACCCAUCGCUCACGAGGCUCUGCGGCGGGAUCUUCUCGAAGACUCGGAAUGCGAGGAUGAUCUGGACUCAACCUUCGACGAUGACCUCUCGGACGAGGAGGCUCAUGGCCCUGCCAUGUACCGCAAGCCCAGCGCUAUCGCCUUCGGUACCACCCGGCCGGCGUUGGGGCCCAGGGGUGCGUCGACCAUGCUCACGCACGAGGAGUGGGAGCAGUCCAGGAAUGAGGAGCUCAGUCUCCUGAGGGAUAACCACAUCCUCCCGCCCAAGCACCCUGUGCCUGAGAAGGAGACACUCUCGCGUCGGAUUUACAAGAAAUUGUUUUCGACCAAGGUCCCCCUCACGGCUGAGGAGGAGGAAGAUGCGCCCUUGUCGCGAGUUGCGUCUGAGACGGCGCCGCUACUGGCUCAGAUCAGCAGGAAUGGCGAGGUGCCUCCAGCUGCCGAUGGCCUGCUGAAUGAGCAGUGGGAGGCUGCCGUCGCCUCGGGGAAGCUUAAGACGACAUGGCAGAGAGAAGCCAAGACAAUCGCGAUCUACUCGAGAUCUUUGAUCAUAACAUUUUUGCUGCAAUAUUCCAUCAACGUCGCCAGUAUUUUCGCAGUUGGUCGUAUUGGAACGAUCGAGCUGGGUGCUAUCAGUUUGGCAACCAUGACUGCCAACAUCACAUGUUCUGCGCCAUUCCAGGGCCUGGCCACGAGCUUAGAUACGCUUUGUGCUCAAGCGUACGGCUCAGGGCACAAGCACCUCGUGGGGCUGCAGAUCCAGCGAAUGAUCAGCUUUCUGAUGAUCCUCUUCCUCCCGCUCAUUGUCCUCUGGAUGUAUUCCACGGAAAUUUUGGCCAUGAUGAUCCCAGAAUACCGCUCCGCAGAACUGGCCGGCAUGUACCUCAAGAUCUAUCUUCUCGGUGUCCCGGCUUUUAUCGUCUUUGAAGGAGGCAAGCGUUUUGUGCAGGCUCAGGGUCUCUUCCAGGCGACCACCUAUGUGCUGCUGAUUGCCGCACCACUGAACGUCUUCUUCAACUGGUUCUUUGUGUGGCAUCUCGAAUUGGGCUUCAUCGGAGCACCCAUCUCAGUCGUGAUCACCCAGAACCUCUUGCCAACGCUCCUGUUCGCGUACGUCUACUUCGUUGAUGGUAAACAAUGCUGGGGAGGUUUCAGCAAGCGUGCGUUGUCGAACUGGGGCCCAAUGAUCCGUUUGUCGAUCCCAGGUAUGAUCAUGGUCGAGGCAGAAUGGUUCGCCUUCGAGAUCCUGACCCUCGCAACCGGCCAGUUCGGCUCGACAUACCUAGCCGCCCAGUCCAUCCUCAUGACGAUCACAUCCACCACCUUCCAGAUCCCCUUCCCUAUCGCCAUCGCCUCCUCCACGCGUGUGGCGAAUCUGAUCGGCGCGGGCCUGGUCGACGCCUCGAAGACAUGCGCCAAGGUGGCCUUCUGGGCCGGCUGCCUCGUCGGCGUCUUCAACGUCACGAUCCUGUCAUCGCUGCGGUACCAGCUGCCGCUGCUCUUCACGCCGGACAGCGAGGUCGUCGACCUCGUGGCAAAGACGAUGCCGGUCUGCGCCGUCAUGCAGUUCUUCGACUGCCUGGCCGCCAUCUCGCACGGCCUGCUGCGCGGCACCGGCAAGCAGGAGUUUGGCGGCUACGCCAACCUCGUCUCGUACUACGCCGUCGCGCUGCCGCUCGCCUUCGGCACCGCCUUCGGCCUGGGCUGGAAGCUCGAGGGCCUGUGGUUCGGCGUCACUGUCGGGCUCGCCCUGGUCAGCACCGUCGAGCUUGGGUACCUUUCCCGCUCCGACUGGGAGCAAUCGGCCAAGGAGGCCGAGCACAGGAACGCGAAUGCUUAA